AUAUAUAACCACACCGCACCUCCCAUGAUUCAACCAACUCUCUCACUCUAAGUGCUCAUCAAAAUCUUGUUAGGUGAAAUUCCCAUUUCUUUCCGACUGCAGAAGCUCACUUCUCGUUGCAGACUGACUGACUAACUGAUGGCGAGGAAGAAGAUCAGGGAGUACGAUUCCAAAAGGCUGCUCAAGGCGCAUCUCAAAAGAUUAGCCGGAAUAGACCUCCAGAUCCGAUCUGCGCAGGUGACACAAUCAACGGAUUUUUCUGAGCUAACAGACAAAGAACCAUGGCUUUCAUCCACAAAGUUGGUUGUAAAGCCCGACAUGUUGUUUGGGAAACGAGGGAAGAGCGGCUUGGUUGCGUUGAAUUUAGACGUUGCGCAGUCUGCUUCAUUUGUUAAGGAACGCCUUGGUGUUGAGGUUGAAAUGGGCGGUUCUAAAGCACCGAUUACUACAUUUAUUAUCGAGCCUUUUGUCCCCCACGACGAGGAAUACUACCUUUCUAUAAUGUCUGAGAGGCUAGGAUGUACCAUUAGCUUCUCGGAAUGUGGAGGUAUAGAAAUUGAAGAGAACUGGGACAAGGUUAAGACUAUCUUCUUGCCAACUGAAAAGCCAAUGAACUUGGAAGCAUGUGCACCAUUGAUAGCUACACUUCCCUUAGAGGUCAGAGGGAAGAUAGGCGAUUUUAUAAUUGGUGUAUUUUCUGUAUUUCAAGAUCUGGAUUUUACUUUUCUUGAGAUGAACCCAUUUACUCUGGUGAAUGGUGAGCCAUAUCCUCUAGACAUGAGGGGAGAGUUGGAUGACACGGCAGCUUUCAAAAAUUUCAAGAAAUGGGGUGACAUAGAGUUUCCCCUGCCCUUCGGAAGAGUAAUGAGCCCAACCGAGGCUUUCAUACACUCAUUGGAUGAAAAAACGAGUGCAUCAUUGAAGUUCACUAUUUUGAACCCCAAAGGACGUAUUUGGACAAUGGUAGCCGGUGGUGGCGCAAGUGUGAUAUAUGCCGACACAGUCGGAGAUUUGGGGUAUGCAUCCGAACUCGGUAAUUAUGCCGAGUACAGUGGAGCUCCAAAUGAAGAGGAGGUCUUGCAAUACGCAAGAGUAGUCAUUGAUUGCGCCACAGCUGACCCCGAUGGCCGAAAAAGAGCUCUUCUUAUCGGAGGAGGCAUAGCUAAUUUCACGGAUGUUGCUGCUACGUUCAAUGGAAUCAUCCGGGCACUCAAGGAGAAGGAAUCAAAGCUGAAAGCAGCUAGAAUGCACCUUUAUGUUCGUAGAGGCGGCCCCAACUACCAGACUGGUUUGAAGAAAAUGCGAGCAUUAGGAGAAGAGUUGGGAAUUCCCAUCGAGGUUUAUGGACCGGAGGCCACCAUGACGGGCAUAUGCAAGCGAGCAAUCGAUUGCAUCAUGUCUGCGGCGUAAUUAUAUAGUGUAGCUAUUAUGCUGUUCCUUCCAGCAUGAUUUGAUUUGCAUCGAUAAGAUUUUGAUGCUGGAAGUUUGAUGUUUGUUCUGUUCUGUUGUUGGUUGGCUGAUUUAAUUUCUUGGAUUGGGAUUGGGAUUGGGAUUGUGCUGUGUGGCACUCAUUUUGUCUUGUUAUUACGACGCUUUUCUCUGUUAAGAUUUCAGCAUAACAAUUGGAUCAGUAAUGCUGAAACUCAGGUUAAGGUUACAAUAUGUGAUUCUUCGACAAAUACAAAUAUUGGUUUCAUACAAUAUGUAGAGUAAAUGUAAAUAAACGAAAUACGUUUUCUAA